AUAGUCUUUAUCCUAAAAACGGGAAAAGACAAAUAUGACCAAGCCAAGGCUUUUAGGCCCAUCAGCUUGACGUCUUUCCUGCUGAAAACGCUGGAGAGACUCGUUGAUAGGUUUAUAAGAGAUGCAGCGCUAGCGAGGAUGCCGGUGCAGUCAUCGCAACACGUUUACCAAGCAGGUAAGUCUGUCGAGACGGCUCUUCAUGGCCUCGUUUGCGAGAUCGAAGGUGCCCUCGACAGGAAAGAAUCCAUGUUAUGUGUCUUUUUAGACGUCGAGGGGGCGUUCGAUAACACCUCCUUCAAAGCUAUAUGCGGGGCAGCGAACGAUUUCCACAUCGACGACAUUCUCGUCCAGUGAUUGGACUUCAUGCUCCGCUCACGUAUCAUCACUGCUAGUCUCAGCGGGACGAACAUCACGGCGCACGUUGGCAGAGGGUGCCCUCAGGGUGGAGUUACCUUCCCACUGAUGUGGCUCAUGGUUCUCGACGGGCUCCUGAGUAGGCUCGGGGAGCUGGCGGUUAAAACGGUUCGGUUUGCCGAUGACGUCUGCAUAGCGGUAACCGGCAAUCACCCGGCCACGAUGUCGAGCAAGAUGCAAAGAGCGCUCGACAUCGUUCAGGAUUGGUGCACGUCGAUGUCUUUGAGGGUGAACCCGAAUAAGACUGAGAUGGUGCUCUUUACGAGGAAGAGGCAUUUCAAUAUAAGGAACUGAGCUGACGUUCUCCCGGGAAGUUCGCUACCAGGGGGUGACGCUCGAUAGCAAGCUCAGUUGGAAAAGCCACAUCGACAACCAGGCCGGAAAGGCUAUUAAUAUCUUCUGGGCCUGCAAGAAGAUGUUUGGAAAGACGUGGGGGUUAAAAUUACGGAUGGUUAGGUGGAUUUACACCGCCAUACUGGUCCCUCAACUGACGUACGCCUCCCUAGUUUGGUGGCCCGGCGUCGAGCGGGCUCAAAACAGGAAAGCGUUAGACAGGAUCUACAGGCUAACAGGGCUGGGAAUUACGGGCGCGACGCGCACUACCCCGACCCUGGCUCUAGGGGCCCUGUUCAACAUCUUACCUCCGUACAUUGCGGCAGAGGAGAGAGCCAGAAGCGCAGCCUUUAGGCUGCUAGUCAGUGGGAGCUGGAGGCGGGCCUCCUACGGGCACGCAUCGAUCCUGUCAAGAACGGAAGACUUCGAGGAAGACAACCGUCUUGGGGGCGACUGGUGCCCAAAGGAGUACCAUUUCCAGCAAAACUAUGAGGUCCGCUUCCCAGACAGACAGUCAUGGGCAGCGGACCCAAAUCAUUUAUUGGCACCCGUAGGGCCCGUCUGGUAUACAGAUGGGGCUAGAGCGGGCUCCAACGCGGGAGCAGGAGUCUGGUUUGGAGGGCCUAGAACCGAAUUGUCCUACACCCUAACCGGUACCGCUUGUGUUCUUCAGACGGAGCUGUUUACCAUUCGGGCCUGCGCCCACAGUAUCCUGGAAAGGGGGUACUAUGGCAAACAUAUCUACAUUUGUAGUGACAGUCACACUGCGCUCAGACUUGUUCACAGCACCGUGGUCAAGUCAGUGCUGGUGAAGGACUGCGUCGACUUUUUGACACGGCUAGGCAGUGUCAACAGAGUAAGGUUGCUCUGGGUGCCGGGUCAUAGUGGCGUUCAGGGCAACGAAAGGGCGCACGAGCUUGCCAGACUUGGAGCUUCACGGCACGAUCUGGGAAACCAAUGCCACAUCAGCGUGUCAGAGGGGCUCAUGCGGAGGAGGUCUAAGAAGUGGGCCACGGACCGCUUCAAGGAUCUCUGGGUGCAAGGCCCUGGCAUGAGGCACACGAAGGCUAUGUUUUCAGGGCCCUCGGAGAAGCUAGGUACCGAGUUGAUUAACCUGGACCGAGCCCAAUUGAGACUGGUUGUAGGAUUGGUCACCGGGCACUGGCACCUUAGAAAGCACCUUACACGACUGGGCUUGGCACGAGACUCGGUCUGCGGCAGGUGCGGCGAAGGGGAGGAUACCCUCCUCCAUCUCAUAACUCAAUGCGUUGGGCUCGCGGACGUCAGAAAUGAUGUCCUUGGGACCACCGCCAAUAACUUCGAUCUAGUGGGCUCAGGGGCGGCCAGACUGCUGCGCUUUGCAAGGGAGUCGAGGCUGCCUGCGGGACCGCUACGGUCAUAGGUUUUUCCCCGCAAGGAGCCUGGGCACAAUGGUCCAGAGACUGAGCGCCCGG